ACACAACUAAGGACUAUUGAUUGGGGGGUUGGGAGAGUAUAUUAAUGCAGAGACAGGAGAGACAGGGUCAAGUGCGUUUAGUCACGCAGCUGUCAUUCGAUAUUACAAAGCCAACCCCCUCACUUCCCUCUCUCAAUAUCUCAAUGGACAGCAAAUUAGCGUUUGCAGCUGUCGGGUUACUCUCUCUCUCUCUCUCUCUCUUUAAACUACUACUUUUUUCUUUUCCCCUUUCUGGCUUUCUCUUUUAUUAACCAACCCAUCAAAUAAUAACAACAGCAACAACUUCUAUAAUAUCAUAAACUAGGCUUCAUCUCAUUCUCUGUCCCUCUUCAAUGAUUCUUAUGUGGUAAAAAAGGGGCCGGGAAUGGAUAUAGGGACAAGCACGGUAAGAGAGCAACAAGCAAAGGGAAUGAGGUGGAACAGAAGAUUCAGCUUUCUCCAUUCUUGUCAACUGUAAAUGUGAUACAACCCAAAGAGUUCAUGCAAAAGGAAAGUUAUCCGUUUGACAUUUUGUUUGUUUAGAUGCCAUGGCUUACCCACAUUACCGAUCACCUUUUGGUGACACAACCUUUACAAAAGUGUUCGUUGGGGGACUAGCUUGGGAGACACCAACAGAGGAAAUGCGGAGCUAUUUUGAGCAGUUUGGAGAGAUUCUCGAAGCUGUAAUCAUCACUGAUAAAAACACAGGGAAAUCCAAAGGAUAUGGCUUUGUUACUUUCCGUGACCCUGAAUCAGCUCGGAGGGCUUGUGUUGAUCCGAACCCUGUAAUUGAUGGAAGAAGAGCAAAUUGUAACAUUGCUUCACUUGGAAGGCCUAGACCUUCACCGCCACGAGGAAGAAAUCAAGGUAGCAGUCCUUAUCAGGGAGUUGCACAGCAAGGUGGACCAUCUUAUAGUGGAGUUGCAGCACCAGUUCCUCCACCUCCGCCACCACCACCUCCAGUCAUUUAUCCACCUUAUGGGUACCCAACUUACAGUCCUGACUAUGGGUAUCACCAAGCCCUCUAUAAUCCACAAAUUCAGCAGCCACAAUACUAUCAUCAACUGUAUGGAUCAUCAUCUACCACAAUGGGGUCUCCAUAUUAUUAUGGGUAUUCUUUGCAAGCUCCUAGGGGAACUUUUUCUGCACCCCAGGCUCAACGUAUCCCCGGACCGUCCUAUCUCUACUAUCCUACUCAGAUGGAGGGGUCCUUCUCCACCUAUCCUCCCCCGCCCUUUCAUCUCACUAGGUAUCCUUUUCCCUCUUCCACAGAUUCACAGACUCCACAGCAAACCUCCACAGAAACAGAAGCUGGGGCCAUCACUUCUGAAAGUCCAAAAACUUAAGGGGAAGAACUCAUCCCUGCCAAAAUGUUCAAAUUGUACAAUCUUGAUAAGUUUAUGUUCUUCUUAUCACCUUAUUUCACUCUUAUAUUCUCAA